AUGGCGUCGGACUCGCAGCAUGCAAUAGAAAACUUAUCGCAAGAAAACCUAACAAAAAAUAUGGAACAUGAGGACCAGGUCUUGUUCAAUUACCCAACGCGAUCCAUUGUGUGGAAGUAUUUUGGAUUCACGAAAAAGGGGCUUGGACCAGCAAUAAAAGCGAACUUGAACAUGAACACAGCCAUCUGUAAACUUUGCAAAAAAUCGUACGCUAAUAAAGGAAAUACAACAAAUUUGCUAUUCCAUAUUGAUCACGACCAUAAAAGGACUGCUUCUGGGGAUGAAAAUAAUAACAUUAAAAAAGCACCCACCCAGCCAACAAUUCAGGCUCUGAUUGCCAACCCUGGUCGUCUUACACAGAAGAGUAGAACCAACUUAGACGAUGCAUUAUUAAAGUUAAUUGUAGGAAAAGCCCUUCCAAUCAGCCUUGUGAAAAAUCCACACUUCAUUGAAUUUACCAAAUUACUAGACCCAAGAUGUAGCCAUAACACACGACGGCUGGACAAGAGCUAUUCAGCUGUAACAGCACACUUUAUUGAUGAUAAGUGGAAUCUAAAAUCAGCCGUGCUGCAGACUAAGAAGGUGGAAGGUUCACACACUUCAGAGAAAAUAGCUGAAGGUUUAAAAGAAGUACAGACGGAGUGGAAACUACCAACAUCACUUACAUUAGUAACUGAUAAUGCUGCUAACGAACGAAAGGCUGCUGAACUCCUUGGAUGGACACGAUUCGGGUGCUACGGUCACCGUAUUAACUUAGUGGUCAAACAUGCUCUUGAGGUAACUGAGUUGAACAAGAUUUUGGGUAAAUCAAGACGACUUGUAACAUUUUUUCAUCAAUCAACAAGCGCCACUGAUGCUUUAAUUGAAAAACAAAAGUUAGUGUUUUCAAACACACCAGGUUUGAUUGGACAUAAACUGAUAACUGACGUUCCUACACGUUGGAAUAGUACACUGGCAAUGCUUGGCAGAUUGGCAGAACAACUUCCUGCUAUAAUGAGUAUUAUCUUUGAUACAAAUUGUCUAAACAAAACUGCAAUAAGCACUGUAAAAACCUACUGUCUAACAUCUGAAGAACAUUCUGUGGUGCAGGAACUCAUUUCUGUUUUAAAAUCCUUUGAAACCGCAACAACAAUUUUGUGCGCAGAAUCUAGUCCUACUAUGCAUAAAGUGCUUCCUUGUAUGGUAAAAAUCAAAAAGAAGUUAGAAGAUGUUGAGAGUAAUCCCUUAACAUCUCCUGUUGUUAAGAAAGUUAUUUUGAAAAUGAAAGAGGAACUGUUAAAAAGGACUCAGGUGGAGGAUGUACCCCUCCUGGCAGCUCUAUUAAAUCCAGAUACCAAGAAUCUCAAUUUCUUGACAGCGGAGGAACAAGUGUCUGCCCGUCAGUUGCUAAUGGACACUGCGUUAAAUUUAAAGGUUGAUAAUGCUGCCCUUCCAAAUGUUAAAGUAAAACAAGAAGAGGCUGUUAGUGCCAAUUUACCUGACUUACCAGUGUUACCUGACAUAGACCUAGAGUCUGACCAGAAUGUUAAAUUUGAAUGUGAAAAGGAGGGUCCUAGUGAAAAGAAAAUGAAAUUAACUGAUAUGGAUGAGUGGUUCGACGAUGUAUGCUUCAUAGGAGAGUCGCAACAACCCCUUCAGAACUUAAUAGAGUUGGAGGUUCAUAGAUAUUUUUCACACAAUCAACCACAGAGUUCAAAGCAGCAGACGCUUCUGCAGUGGUGGCAAGCUAAUCAUUAUUUCUAUCCACAACUUGCAACUUUAGCCAAAAAGUACUUGGCAGUUCCAGCAUCAUCAGUACCAAGUGAGAGGGUGUUCAGCUUAGCUGGUAUUGUUGUUGACAAGAAACGAUCUAGAUUAAAGCCAGAUUUGGUUGAUACGUUAAUUUUUAUGAAGAUGAACAUAGAAACAUACUGGUGA